UCCUCUCUUCCCCUAAUGUUAGAUGUCCCUUUUAUUUGUGGAAUCCUAUAUCAUCAAAGGAUGAGAGAGAAAAUCUGGAGGAGAGAGAAACACCAAAUUUUGGACAAAAAAAGGUAAAAAAACAAGAGAAAUUAACAAAGGAAAAGAAAAUAGAACAUGUAAUGCAUUCUCCCCUAGAAAGAAGCCUACCCUCCCUCUCUCUCCUCUUGUUUCUAUGGAUCAUCAGCAGCAUUAGCAUCACCACCACCUUCCGACCAGCCAAAGCAUUCAAUGUCACCACCCUCACGUUCGGGGAAUCCUAUUCUCCUCUCUUCAGCAAAUUCAACAUCCGGCGAUCUCCCGACGACAGGACCGUCAGCCUUCUCCUCAACCGUUUAUCAGGCUCAGGCAUUAUCUCAUCUGAUUAUUACAACUAUGGUUUCUUCAGCGCCAGCAUCAAGAUGCCAUCCAAAUACACUGCUGGCAUUGUCGUCGCAUUCUACACAUCAAAUGUGGAUACAUUUGAAAAGAACCACGACGAGUUGGACAUAGAAUUCUUGGGAAAUGUUCCUGGGAAGGCGUGGAGGUUCCAGACGAACAUGUAUGGCAACGGUAGCGUUUCUCGUGGGAGAGAGGAGAGGUACAGAAUGUGGUUUGAUCCAAGCAAGGACUCUCAUCGCUACAGCAUUCUUUGGACCCCAACAAACAUCAUAUUCUACGUGGACGAGAUUCCGAUACGAGAAGUAGUGCGCAAUGCAGCCAUGAGAGGGGACUAUCCGUCGAAGCCAAUGUCCGUUUACGCCACCAUCUGGGACGCUUCAUCUUGGGCAACGAGUGGCGGAAAAAGGAAAGUGAACUACAGAUUCCAACCGUUUAUCGCAGAGUUCAAAGACCUGGUUCUCGAAGGCUGCAUCGUCGAUCCUGUCGACCAAAUUCUAUCCAGCAACUGUACUGAUACUGCUGCUGCAUUGAUGGCCAAGGACUACAGCACUGUCACCCCCGAGACCCGCAAAUCCAUGAGAUGGUUCCGGCAGAGACACAUGUAUUAUUCUUACUGCUACGAUACGAGACGGUACCCUGUGCCCCCUCCGGAGUGUGUCAUUUUGCCUUCCGAAAGGGAGAUGUUUACGAGCAGCGGGCGUCCCAAGAGUAAGACAAGGGCUGGUGGCAGCCAACGCCGGAGGAGCACCAAGCGUCGGAGUAAAGCGGCGGUUGAUCUUUCGAGACAUCAAGCUGCUAUGUAACGUGUGUUUACAUGUUGUAGUAAGAAAUUUCCUCACAUAUAAUGUGUGUUCAUACAUGAAAUGUUGAGAAGAUUACAUGUUAGCAGGGAACUCACAUUUUCCUCAGUGUUUUGGUGUACAGUAAGAAUUUUAGACAAAUAUUAGAGAGCUAAACAAUGUUGUAUAUAUAGAAAUAGGAUCACCUGUAUGUGCUUAUUGUAGUAACCAAACAUGUUCAGUA